CCCAAAAUGGGCAAGUUCAUGAAACCCGGAAAGGUGGUGAUGGUCCUCGCUGGACGCUACGCCGGCCGCAAAGCUGUCAUCGUUAAGAACAUUGACGACGGCACGGCCGACCGGCCUUAUAGUCAUGCCCUGGUGGCCGGCAUCGACCGCUACCCCCGCAAGGUGACCGCCCCCAUGGGGAAAAAGAAGAUCGCCAAGAGGUCCAAGAUUAAGGCCUUCGUCAAGGUCUACAACUACAACCACCUCAUGCCCACCAGAUACUCCGUGGACAUCCCCCUGGACAAAACGGUGGUCAACAAGGAUGUAUUCAGGGAUCCCGCUCUCAAAUCAAAAGCCAGACGUGAGGCCAAGGUUAAAUUUGAAGAGAGGUACAAGACUGGUAAGAACAAGUGGUUCUUCCAGAAGCUCAGAUUCUAAAUUCUCUCGAUUUCACAAAUAAAACCGUAAAAAAAUAAAAAA